AUGGAGUCAGUUUUGAGAGCGCUAACUUCAUCGAAGAAAGAAAAGAAAAGAAACGGCAGGAACGACAGGAGUGUUGGAAAAGGAACCAGAUCCAAGCAGGCCAAGCAGCAGUAUGAGAGAAAAGAGAAGAAAGAGGAGCUGAAGAGGCAGAGAGGGGAGGAUACUUGGGUUCUCCCCGAAAUCAACCAGAGGUUGAAGCAGAUAGAGGACGAGGGAUCUAUUAAAAAGAAAAAGAAGAAAGAGAAGAAAUCAAAAAAGAAAAAGGAGAAGAGGAAGGCCAAGAAGGAGAAAUCGACAGGAGAGGCCAUCGAUGGCUCAAGUGACAUUUCCGAGGACUCUGCAGAGGAAUGGGUUGAGGCUCAGCCUCAGACACAGUCAAAGUCAUCUAAAGCAUGGAAAAUUCCAGAGGCGUCCGAACCUUCAGCAAAUCCCCUCAGCGCAGCCCAGAAUCAGAGAGACGAAUGGAUGACCUUUGACUUCCUUGCUAUGAAAACCACUUCAACUGCAGAGAAGCGGGCUGAGAAAGAACGACAGAAAGAGGAAGAGAGAGCCAAGGCUCAGGCCAUUGAGCAGGCUGGGUUGCACAAACUGGAGCUUAACCCAUACUGGAAAGAUGGAGGAACUGGUUUGCCACCAGAGGAAAGAGCUGGUACUUCUGUCAAAAAAGGCCCAGUUGUGAACGAUGCUGGUCUGAGCUGGCUGAGGAAGAGCUAUCAAAGGAUGAAGGAGCAGGCAGAGAGGGAAAAGCGCAGCGUGGAUAACGUGGUGGCGGAGAGAUAUGGGUCCGUGGAGGAAUUUCAAAAGAGACUUGGUGAGGCUGAGAUAGCAGUGUAUGGUUAUAAGAAAGAAAGCAGAGACAGUUCAACAAUAGAUGGGUACAGGAGGGGAGAGGAAGGUGCCAGGGAGAGGUGGAGGAGAAGAGAGGAAGAUGGACAUGGCUCUGUUCCAUGGAGAAAAAGCGAACGAGACUCAUCACCCCAACACAGAGACAGGUACCAUAGCAGGAGAGGAGAGGAGAGGGAGCGGUACCAAAGAAGAGAAGAGGAGAGAGACCGAGACCGAGACCGAGACCGAGAAAGGAGCAAGGACAGGGAAAAUGAUAGAGGAAGAGACAGGGGCAGAGACAAUGAAAGAGAGAGAGAUAAAGAGAGAGAUAAAUAUAGAGAUGAAUAUGGAGAAAAAGAGAGGUCAACUGCAUCCUCGUCAAGUUCUGGCCAUAGCUUGAAUCAGCGCUCCCUCUCACUAAAAGGCCGUUUCAUCAAACCCUCAGAGGAUGAUGACAGUGUUGCAGUACCUCAGCGCGCUCCUCCAGCAGGGCGAUCUACAGGAUUCCUGAAACCCAGCUCUGAUGAUGAGGACUCUGGCCCAAAACACACCAGCAUUCCAACCUGGAAGAAAAACGGCACUCCUGCCCAUGUACCCGACAGCUGUGAAAAAGCACAGCAGGAAAAUGAGAGCAAGGAAGAGAAAGCAGUUAGUGCUUCUCAAGCUUCUGUUUCAUCAAGUGAGGAGGAAGAGGAAGAGAUGCCUUUGUUAUCGGAGGAUGAGCUAAACAAACUGGGGUCCAGGCUGAUAAAGGCAGAGAUCAUGGGCAACACGGCCAUGGUUGAGAAGCUGAAGUCACAGCUGGCGGCAGCUCAUAAGGCCAAGGAAGAACACGCCACUAGAAAGAAGCAACAUGAAAAGGAUCAGUCAAGUCAGGUCACAGGUGGCUCUUCUGAAGACCAGGAGGUUCUGCUGUUCAGAACUGAUCAGUCAGGUCGGGCCUGGCCAGUCAGGGGCCCCUCUGGCCCGCAGGAACCUCAUGGAGGACGGCGAAAGAAAAACAAGAUUGAGACCCAUGUUGAUGGGGAGCGUGUGCGCUACUUCCAGGAUGACGACAAUGUUGGCCUGAAGGAGAUGGUGAGGAGAGAGAAGAUGAGCUCUGCACAGGAUCAGAAUGCCCUCUACUCUCGUAUGGCUGCCAAGAUGAUGGGGAAGACAGAUGGUGACAACUACACGCUGGAUGACAUGUUUGUGUCGAGUGCAGCGCAGCGGGAGGGCGAAGGGAGGGAAGAAGAGAGGAUGAGAAACAAAGCCAUCCAGGAGAGCAGGCUGCUGGCUGCCUCCAUGGAUAAAUGCCAGUACUGUUUCAGCAGCAAAGGACUGCAGAAGCAUCUCAUAAUCGCCAUUGGGAGCAAGGUAUAUCUGAGCCUGCCUGCUGGAGUAUCCCUGACUGAAGGCCACUGUCUCAUCUGCCCUUUUCACCAUCACUCCUCUGCCACUGGACUGGAUGAGGAUAUCUGGUCAGAAAUGCAGGUGUUCAGACGUACUUUGGUGCGUAUGUUUGAGACCUUAGAGUUGGACUGUGUGUUUAUGGAAACGUACAUGAACCCACGCAGAAAACAACACAUGGUCCUGGAGUGUAUCCCACUACCCCGGGAACUGGGUGACAUGGCACCCAUAUAUUUCAAGAAAGCUUUAAUGGAGUGUGAUGAAGAAUGGGCCAUGAACAAGAAGAUUGUUGACCUCUCUUCAAAAGACGUCCGUCAAGCUGUUCCUCGUGGUUUGCCAUACUUUGCUGUAGAUUUUGGACUGCAGGGAGGUUUUGCUCACGUCAUAGAAAAUGAGCAGAAGUUUCCCCAUUACUUUGGCAAGGAAGUAGUAGGAGGCAUGAUGGACGUGGAGCCACGUCUUUGGAGAAAAUCGAUCAGAGAGAAUUUUGAUGAUCAGAGGAAAAAAGUCCUGCAGUUUGCUCAGUGGUGGAAGCCAUAUGACUGUACCAAGACCGAGGGAUAACUGAACAGUCGUGGAGCCUCAGCUGAGUUGUGAGGAGGAAAUAGGCUGUGCUGUUUUCCAGGGCAGGAAUACAUUGUUGACACUGUUUAACUGUGCUUGAGUUUGAUUUAAACUUCAUUGUCAAGUUUAUAAUGUGAUAACAUUUUAAUAAAAAUAAAUUAAAUGGCAUUGCUGUUUUAGGUAGUGUUUCUU